CUCGGCGUCCUCGAGGCUGCAGUUCCCACGGACUGAGGUGUCCCGCGGGCUCCCCUCUCCACAGCCUGCGGCCCACGCGCGCAGGGGGGGAGGGGGCACGCGUGGUGACCUGCCUGGGGCCGGAUCCCGGGCUGCGGCUCCUCCUCCUCCUCCCUCCGGCUCCCGCUCGGCUUCUGCAGUAUCACGUGCAGCCGCGCCGGGUGCAGGAUGGCGGCGGCGGCGGCGGCGGCGGCGGCGGCGGCGGCGGCAGCGGCGGCAGCAGCAGCAGCCGCCGCCGCGGUGGGCGUCAGGCCCCGGGCUUGCUGCAGCCGGGGCGCGGUGCUGCUGCUCUUCUUCUCUCUGUCUCCUCGGCCCCCGGCCGCCGCCGCUUGGCUGCUGGGGCUGCGGCCUGAAGACACGGCGGGAGGCCGCGUGUCCCUGGAGGGGGGCACCCUGCGCGCGGCCGAAGGCACCAGCUUCCUCCUGCGCGUCUACUUCCAGCCGGGCCCCGGCGCGCCCGCCGCGCCCGCGCCCACCGCGGUCCCGGCGGAGAACAGCACGGGCGAUUGGGCCCCCCGGCUCGUGUUCAUCGAGGAGCCCCCCGGAGGGAGCGGCGGGACGCCCAGCGCGCUCCCCACGCGCUCCCCGGGCCCGCAGCGCUGCCGCGAGCAGAGCGACUGGGCAUCCGACGUGGAGGUCCUGGGGCCCCUGCGUCCCGGGGGCGUGGCGGGCUCGGCCCUGGUCCAGGUGCGGGUGCGAGAGCUGCGCAAGGGUGAGGCGGAGCGCGGCGGCGCGGGCGGCGGCGGGAAGCUCUUCUCGCUGUGCGCCUGGGACGGGCGCGCUUGGCACCACCACGGCGCCGCCGGCGGCUUCCUGCUGCGCGUCCGCCCGCGGCUCUCCGGCCCCGGUGGGGACCUGCUGCCGCCCGCGUGGCUGCGGGCGCUCGGAGCGCUCCUGCUGCUGGCCCUGUCCGCCCUGUUCAGCGGCCUGCGCCUGAGCCUGCUCUCGCUGGACCCGGUGGAGUUACGGGUGCUGCGGAACAGUGGCUCGGCCGCCGAGCAGGAGCAGGCGCGCCGCGUGCAGGCCGUGCGCGGCAGGGGGACCCAUCUGCUCUGCACUCUGCUCCUGGGCCAAGCCGGAGCCAACGCGGUCCUGGCCGGCUGGCUCUACGCCUCGCUGCCGCCGGGCGUCGGGGACACCGGGGAAGACUACGGCGACGCUGCCGUCCACUUCCCGUGGCUGCCCGCGCUCGUGUGCACCGGCGCCGUGUUCCUGGGGGCCGAGAUCUGCCCUUACUCGGUGUGUUCCCGGCACGGGCUGGCCAUCGCCUCGCACAGCGUGUGCCUGACCCGGCUCCUGAUGGCGGCCGCCUUCCCCGUGUGCUACCCGCUGGGCCGCCUGCUGGACUGGGCGCUGCGCCAGGAGAUCAGCACCUUCUACACGCGGGAGAAGCUGCUGGAGACGCUGCGGGCCGCGGACCCUUACAGCGACCUGGUGAAGGAGGAGCUCAACAUCAUCCAGGGCGCCCUGGAGUUGCGCACCAAGGUGGUGGAGGAGGUGCUGACCCCGCUGGGGGACUGCUUCAUGCUGCGCUCCGACGCCGUGCUCGACUUCGCCACCGUCUCCGAGAUCCUCCGCAGCGGCUACACGCGCAUCCCCGUGUACGAGGGCGACCAGAGGCACAACAUCGUGGACAUUCUGUUUGUCAAAGACUUGGCCUUCGUGGACCCCGAUGACUGCACCCCGCUUCUCACCGUCACCCGCUUCUACAACCGGCCCCUGCACUGCGUCUUCAAUGACACCCGGCUGGACACGGUGCUGGAGGAGUUUAAAAAGGGCAAAUCUCACCUGGCCAUUGUGCAGCGUGUGAAUAAUGAAGGCGAAGGGGACCCUUUCUAUGAGGUCAUGGGCAUUGUCACGCUGGAGGACAUCAUAGAGGAGAUCAUCAAGUCGGAGAUCCUGGAUGAAACUGACCUCUACACUGACAAUCGGAAGAAACAGAGGGUCCCACACCGGGAGAGGAAGCGCCAUGACUUCUCCCUGUUCAAGCUUUCCGACUCGGAGAUGAGAGUAAAGAUCUCCCCACAGCUCCUGUUGGCCACACACCGCUUCAUGGCCACAGAAGUGGAGCCCUUUAAAUCCCUGUACCUUUCGGAGAAGAUCCUGCUUCGGCUUCUGAAACACCCCCAUGUGAUCCAGGAGCUGAAGUUUGAUGAGAGGAACAAGAAGGCCCCGGAACACUAUCUCUACCAGCGCAAUCGCCCUGUGGACUAUUUUAUGCUGCUUCUGCAGGGUAAAGUGGAGGUAGAGGUUGGUAAGGAAGGCCUUCGCUUCGAGAAUGGAGCCUUUACCUACUAUGGAGUGCCGGCCAUCAUGACCACUGCCUGCUCAGAUAAUGACGUGCGGAAAGUCGGGAGUCUGGCUGGAUCCUCGGUCUUUCUAAACCGGUCCCCAUCUCGCUGCAGCGGGCUGAACCGCUCUGAGUCUCCAAACCGAGAGCGCAGUGACUUUGGUGGGAGCAACACCCAGCUGUACAGUAGCAGCAACAACCUCUACACACCCGACUACUCGGUCCACAUCCUCAGCGACGUGCAGUUCGUGAAGAUCACACGACAGCAGUACCAGAAUGCCCUCACCGCCUGCCACAUGGACAGCUCACCCCAGUCUCCAGACAUGGAAGCCUUCACUGAUGGAGACUCUACCAAGGCCCCCACAACCCGGGGCACACCCCAGACACCCAAGGAUGACCCUGCCCUCACGCUCCUGAGCAACAGAACCAGCCUGCCGGGCAGCCGUUCCGAUGGACUGAGGAGCCCCGGCGAGGUGGUGUACCUGAGAAUGGAGGAGCUGGACUUCACCCAGGGAGAGGCGACGGACGUCCUGGAGCACAAGGCUCAGCCCCUCUCGCUGUCUCCCACAGCUGUUCCCACAACCACAGCAUCGGAUCCGGAGUGUUGUCCUAUCAGCCUGGAUCCGGAAACCAGCCCUUGCAGUAGUGACUUCGAGGAAACCAUGGGCAAGAAGCUGCUGAGAACCUUGAGUGGUCGGAAACGGAAAAGGUCAGCGGAUGGAGAGAGGACCUCGGAGGAAAACUCCAAUCUAAGGCCCCUGAUCACAUGACCAGGCGAACUGGCUGGGUGUGUGAGAGUCCAGGGCUUUGGGGGAGGUCCCGCCCUCCUGUCAUCUGCUUUCCUUCCCAAGGCCUCCCUCGGGUGACAGAGCACCCUGCCUUCCUUUCCACCUCUUCAUUCUUAGCUGUCAGUUUGGCAGGUUUUUUCCCUCGUCGCUCCAGUUGGACUCAGAGUCUUCAUGGCCAUCGCAGAAGGUGCCUCUCAUGGUCAUGUCUGCAGUAUAGUCUGGGUCUGGAGAAGAGAUAAGCCCAAGCUGACAUUGCCUCUCUGGAAAACCUGAUAUUCUUUUUUGUUCUUUCGGGGCCCUGGCCCCCUAGAGACUCAUGUCCUGGAACUCACCAUUCUACCCUCUGGAACAUCGUGAUAACACUUCUAUCAUAGUUCAUGCUAAUUAGCCUGGCUCCGAAGGUGGCAUGGUAGACAGGCACGUGAGAGGCAGAGGUAUGAAGAUGGGAUCCGGAGAUGGACCAAGAACGCAUCCAGGACUUCAGAGUGUGGGGUGCUGUCGAGCUGGCCCGUGAUUGGUGUCACAGCACAGAAGGCAUCGGUGGCUGGUUUCCUGAUUACUAAGGGCUUUGGCAGCCUGGAGAAGUGAGACCCAGCCACACUGGAAAGAAUGUGGGAUGGAGCCUCAAGUCACUGGGGUUUUUUUCCCCAGGGAUGUAUUGGUUUGGGCUCCCCACCAGCAGUCAGGAAGUGAUCGAUAAAUCUGCUCUGCAAGAAGAGGAGUAGGGAGCAGAGAACCUAGCCUGGAGCCAAAAGUGGAACCUCAAGUUUUAAGUGAAAAUCAAAGCAAAGAAAAAAGGAUAUAUG